AAAACUCCACACUGCUCGUAGAGUGUAGUAAAGCGUUAGAACUUGUAAAUAAGGUUUGCCGCUAUCUAACGAUUGCGAGGACUUUUGCAACCCACCUUCGGUAGUAGCCUGCUCCUGCCCUUAAAGUUGGUUCAGGGGGAAAAAGAAUUGGCUGCUUUUGGGGGGGGGGCAUGAACUUUACUGCCAAAGGAGCCAGAGCGAGUGCAAGAAAAUCAAGCCUCGACUAAGGAUCUCAUUGUCAAACGACUAUCUGCUAAGGAGAAUCUCUAUCGAAUGCCUUACGAUGUGUUUUAAUUGUAACAAAGCGAGGCUGUUUCCGAUGUAGAAGAUCGGAAACUUCAUUUCCGAAAAUUCUGUCCGCUAAAUAGGCAGAGGAAUUCUACGCCGGAGAACAAAACCAAAACCAAAAUCCUUUAUGGUACACAUCCAAGCAAAUAAGCUUUAAUAGAUCGAAUAGUUCUGGGUAGUUCGCCAGAAGAUCACACCGUUAUUUUUCUUUCCCAAGCAAACAUGUUUAAACAAGAAAAGACCCAAUCCAUUUUAAAUCGAGAUUUUAUAUUUCUUGAGCUUGCAUUCUGAGGGGGAGGGGGACAGGUUAUGAGUCUUAUGUAUGAUAAUAGAAAAGAUUAAGCAGCUCUUCUCCAAAUGGGACUUCAUUUCCCACCAUUCCGACUAUUGCUUUCCUGGCCGGGACGAUAAAAACUGCAGCCCAGCCACAUCUGGGGACCAAACUUGUGAAAGCCAGAUCCUGUCUACAAAGUCUUACACGAAAACCAGCUGGCAGAGAACACAUAGUUAUUCCUAAUGGCAAUAUCAAACUUGAUCCGCCCGUUUGGUUCCCUGCUGCUGUCUUCAAGUGCUCAUCUUCCACAGAUCCCUGCAUCUUUCCGUGCUCUUUCUCUUAUUAGCCAACUUGGUACAUCCCGUGAAAUCAGUACUUCUACCUCUGUGUUAGCUAGAGAUCCUUUGUGGAAAUGCAGGACAAAGUAUACCAUUAAGCCCAUUCCCAAAACAAAGACAGGAGGUCGAGAUCACACAGGUCGUAUCCGUGUGCAUGGAAUUGGAGGAGGAAAUAAACAAUGCUACCGUAUGAUUGAUUUCCAAAGACUGCAUUAUCCAAAUGCAGCAGAGCCUAGUCCAUUUGAGGAAAAAGUGCUUUUGGUCCGAUACGAUCCAUGUAGAACAGGUCAUAUAGCUCUAGUAGCUGGAGAGAAGCGGAAACGCUGGAUCAUUGCAACUGAAAACAUGGUGGCUGGUGACAUUAUCAAAACUUCAGGAAAAAUAGAAAGGAUGGCAGUCUCUGCUAAUGAUGGGGAUGCCUAUCCAGUUGGAGCUCUAGCACUUGGAACCCUCAUAAAUAACUUGGAGAGUCAUCCUGGGAAAGGAGCACAGUAUAUCCGAGCAGCAGGUACCUGUGGGGUAUUACUGAGGAAAAUGAAUGGAACGGCCAUUAUACAGUUGCCCUCGAAGAGGCAAAUACAGGUAUUGGAAACAUGCAUGGCUACAGUGGGAAGAGUUUCCAAUGUUGAACACAACCAACGAAAUCUUGGGAAAGCUGGUCGGAACCGGUGGCUAGGAAAGCGACCAGACAGUGGUUUAUGGCAGCGGAAAGGGGGAUGGGCUGGACGCAAGAUCAGGCCCCUCCCAGCAAUAAAAAGUUAUGUGAACCUGCCAGUGCCAGCUUCACAGGGCUGACAUUAGUAGUUCUUUAGAAUUCUGUUAAAUAAAGUGUAUUUUCACCUGCAAA